AUGCCGGCUUCGAAGAGUCAUACUCAAAGGUCCAUCAUGGUGGUGGCAUCUUCAACAUCUGCGACUACUCAGUCAACAGAAAAGGUUGGUAAAAAAGUGGACAGUAAUGAAGGCAAGAAACAAGAGAAAAAGGAAAAAUCGGCGGAAAAGCCUAAAGAAAAUGAAACAAAGAAAACUAGUGGAGAGAAGGCGACGGAAAAAGCAGGAGAAAUGGAUAAAAAAGUAAACAAGUUGGAGAAGCAGACAACUGCGAAAACAGAGCCGACCCAGAUGGAGCUGCUCGAGAAGAAGGCAAAUGACGAGAAAAAGGAGGCUGAAACUCAACCAAAACUUGUGUAUUAUAACCAAUCCACCAGCGCUAAGUCAUGGAAAGGAUCUCCGACUCUUUCUGAAAGAGGAACUCAAAAUACACUAGCACUUUUGGCUGCGGCAGAAAAAAUAGCAGGGGAAAAAGGCGACUAUGACAGCUUUGGACCGCCUGGAGGAAAACCCACUAAAAAGAAGUGA